UUUUUUUUUCCUUUUCCCUCCCUUUUUUGUUGGAAUCGUUUGACACUUCUUUUUUUUUUAAAUUGAUCAUUUCAAACAUUCAUCAUGGUCAACUACGUGUUAUUCGAAACAGCUUCAGGCUAUGCAUUAUUUGAACGUUUACAAUCUGAAGAAAUCGGUUCCAAACUUGCUCAAGUUCAAGAAACUGUACUCGAUUUAGCAAAGUUUGGUCAAAUGAUCAAACUAAAGUCAUUCUCACCUUUCAAAAGUGCUGCUGAUGCUUUAGAAAAUGCUAACGACGUUUCUGAAGGUAUUGUGAAUGAUUCUUUAAAGGCUUUCUUGGAAAUGAAUCUUCCCAAGGCUGGUAAGAAGAACAAGGUUGAACUUGGUGUAGCUGAUCGUAACUUGGCUGGUGCUAUCAAGGGUGAACUUGGUGUUGAAUGUAGCACUGAUGAAAUUGUUCAAGAAUUGGUGCGUGGUAUUCGUCUUUGGGCUGAUAAAUUAUUGUCUCAAUUGAAGGAAGGUGAUCUGGAAAAGGCUCAACUUGGUCUUGGUCAUAGUUAUUCUCGUGCAAAGGUCAAGUUCAAUGUCAAUCGUUCCGACAAUAUGAUCAUUCAAGCUAUUGCUCUUUUGGAUCAAAUGGAUAAAGAUGUCAACACAUUUGCUAUGCGUGUCAGAGAAUGGUAUUCAUGGCAUUUUCCUGAACUUGUCAAGAUUGUGAAUGAUAAUUAUAAAUAUGCCAAACUUGUCAAGGUGAUCAAAAAUAAAUCUGAUUUAUCUGAAGAACAUUUGGAAGCUAUGGAAGAAAUUUUGGAAGGAGAUGAAACUACCGCCAAACAAAUCCUUGAUGCUGCUCGUGCUUCGAUGGGUACAGAUAUUUCUCCUAUCGAUAUGAUCAACAUUCAAAACUUCGCUGACCGUGUUAUUAGCUUGGCUGAUUAUCGCAAGAACCUUCACAACUAUCUCAUUUCCAAGAUGUCUCAUGUCGCUCCCAAUUUGGCUGCUCUUAUUGGUGAAAUUGUUGGUGCUCGUUUGAUCUCUCAAGCUGGUUCUUUAACUAAUUUAUCUAAAUAUCCUGCUUCCACAUUGCAAAUCUUGGGUGCUGAAAAGGCUCUUUUCCGUGCUUUGAAGACAAAGGGUAACACUCCCAAGUAUGGUUUAAUCUAUCAUUCUUCUUUCAUUGGUCGUGCUGGUGCAAAGAACAAGGGUCGUAUUUCUCGAUAUCUUGCCAAUAAAUGUACUAUUGCUUCUCGUAUUGAUUGUUUCACUGAAACUCCUUCUGAUAAAUUUGGUCAAGCUUUGAAAGCUCAAGUAGAAGAACGUCUCAAGUUCUUUGAUAGUGGUGCUACUCCUGAAAAGAAUGCUGAUGUGAUGAAACGUGUGAUUGAUUCUCUUGGUGAUCUUGAUGAAGAUGAAAUCCAUGAAGAACCUGUUAUUACCAAGAAACGAGUAGCUGAAGAAGAAGUUGAACAAGAAACCAAGCCUGCUAAGAAGGCGAAGAAGGAAAAGAAAGAGAAGAAGGAUAAAAAGGACAAGAAGGACAAGAAGGAAAAGAAAGAAAAGAAGGAAAAGAAAGAAAAAAAGGAAAAGAAGUAG